AUGAAGGUCCUUUUCCUCACCCUAGCACUGAGCCUGUUCUCUAUCCUCCAAGCUCAGGAGUCAUCCUCUUCUGAAGAACAAUUUGAGGGUACAUACUUUGUAAAGGCCAUUGUGGCAGACAAUGAAUUUCCUGGGAAGAAGAAGCCUAAGGACAUGUCACCCUUGACAGUCACCCAACUUAGUGAUGGGAAUCUGGAGGUCAAAUUUACCAGCAACAAGUAUGGCAGGUGCAAAGAGAUAAAAUUGAAAUUAGAGAAAACAAGUCAGCCUGGGAUUUUUUCUGCGGAUGAGGGCAAACGCCAAGUACUCAUAGAAAAGACAUCUGUCAAGGAUCAUUGGAUUAUCCUCUGUGAAGGGGAGUUACACGGCAUGCAAAUAAGAAUCGCCAAACUUGUGGGUCCAGAUGCAGAAGACAACCCAAAAGCCUUUGAGGAGUAUAAGAAAUUUGUCAGCCUUAAAGGAUUUAAACAAGAAAAAAUUGACUUUCCCAUCCAAGUUGAGGCCUGCACCCCAGAACAUGAUUAA